AUGCCUUUGCCACCAGCUCUGGCUAAAAAAUUGGCAACCCGUGGAAUACUCACCGAAAACGAAGCAAAGAAUAACACAAAAGAAGUCGAAGAAGAGGUAAUUGCAGAAUGUUAUGAUGAUAUUGAUGAUGCAAAUGAUAACUCGGGUUCAGAUUCACAAGAUAGUGACGAAGAAAAUGAUAAACCAGAUCCUAAAGUAUUGGAUAAAUUUAAGGGUCAUCACGGUUGUCCAAACAAGUCAAAUGUAUACCAUGAAUGCACCAAGUUUUGUGAACAGCGGUGGAGAAAUGGUAUUAAACGACCAAGGAAUGGAUAUUUAAAAUCUAGAAAUGCUAUGUUAGAAAAGUUUCCUUUACCUAAAAAUUGGCACGAAGUGUAUGAUCCUGGAACUGGCAGAUUUUAUUACUGGGAUGUAGUAAAUGAUUCAGUUUGCUGGUUACCACCUAGCCACCCUCGUUCAAUUGUUACUGAUUCUGUUGCACAAUUUCGGUUUGAACGUCAUGCUAUAAUGCAAAAUAUGGAUAAAAAGACUUCAGAUUCAGAGAGUAGUAGUGAUGAUAGCGAAGACGAACGGCAAAAAUCUCAAAGAAAAAAACAUCCUAUGCUACCACCUGUUCCAGAAAUCCGAGCCAAAGAAGUGAGAUAUGAUCGUGAACCAAAACGUAAAGAUCCUCCAAGAAGAGUAACAAAAGCCAAUGAUCUUGAUCCUAUGGAUCCAGCUGCUUAUUCAGAUAUUUCCAGGGGUUCUUGGAGCGAUGGCCUAACAGUUGAAGCUAAGUCAGGGGUGGACACUACAGCAUCAGGACCACUAUUUCAAAUGCGACCAUACCCUAGUCCAGGUGCAGUUUUGCGAGCUACAUCUAGCCAAACUAAGCGUAAAUAA